GCAAGGGUGUCAUAUCUCUCCCGCCCUCACUCACCAGCCAGUGAGUCACGACCAGUGAUGGAACCCUAAUGGACGACACUAAAAAAUUAUACGACUCACUCUCCAACGCUGCAACCGAUCCACAUCCAAAUCUCAAAGACCCUCACACUCUAUGCGAAACCCUCUUCGACCAACUCCACUCCACCUUCCACCGAUUUUUCUCUGCUUUGCCUCUCCUCCACAAUGACGCUGAGAUUGGGUCUCUUCCGCUUUCGGAUUCACGGCUUUGGGCAAUUGUUGAAGACCUUACUCUCAUUCUUCGCUGCUAUCUGGUUCUUUUGACCUUCCUCCACUCCGACCUCGGAUUCCUGCUCCACAACUGCCGCCGUGUUCUUCGCGUCUUGAAGCCCUUCCUUUCUGUCGAUGUGAACCAGCGCCAUGGCUCAACCGUCUUGCGCUUUCGUAACUUUCUAUCUGAUGUUGAUAUUGAACUUUCUGAUCGUUGCCGUCCAUUUCUAUGUGCUGUGCUAGAGGUAUUUGCUGAUGAACUUUUAAGACAUAAAUAUUUGAGAAGAUAUCUUAUGAUCACUGAUUCAAAGUCAUCCAUAUGUGAAAAGCUUUUCGCGUGCCAUUUCAACCGUGGUGAUAUUGCCAGUGUCCUGGAGGUGAUAUCAGCCCAUUUUAUCCUGUCGGUUUCUAAUGAGAAAGCAUUUGAGAAUUUCAUCAGUAGAUUGUUUUUGCAUUGUGACAAGGAUUCUAGAUUUCCUGGACUUGGCCUUGCACCUGCAAUAGUGUUGCUGCUUGACCCUGUUGUGCUUUCUGCACCAAAGAUGUUACAGGCACACAUAAUUGCAUUGGUUUCUGAAGCCAUUGGUUCUGGCCUAUCUUCAGAGAGUUUGGCUCAAGAUAUGCACAGCCACCUAAUAGCAUUUGAAAAAUCUGUCGUCUUGUAUUCUAUGUAUGCGUCUAGUUUGCAAAUGGAUGGUUUUUACGCUGAAUUGAAAUGUGCAUAUAAUUCACAGCUGCUCGAGAGAGGUCAGCCAACUUUUGAAUCUUAUAUCCAGCAAGUCACAAGUAACAGACUAAAUCAAGUCUUAUCAAAAUCAGAUAAUUCAUGGGAUUCUUCUCGAUGCAAAAUAUCGUCGAAAACAAAAGCCGACCUUUUGGCUGAGUACAUUGCAUUUAAGAAGGGUGGCCAAUACAUAUUUGCUGAUUUGUGUAGGGACAUGACUGCCUCAGUCUUAGAUUGCAUAAUCCAUCGAACUCUCCCUCAGGAUGCUGGUGUAGAUGUAUUAUAUAUAAAUGAAAAUACUAGUGCUCAAGAUAUUUAUCUUCUUGCAUCCAUAUUGAAGUUAAUGAGUGUUUCAUUGCUACAAGCAAUUAAAUGUCUAAGAAACAGUGGUGAUUUGGGUUGUCUAAAAACCAUGGGUAGUAUCUCUGUGCACGAGAAAUAUGAUUUCUUGAUCAGCAUAAUUAACCAUUUUCAUCAAAUUAAAUUCUGUUUACCCAUUCAGACUUUCUUGUAUGAUGUGAUGAAAAGUCAGCAAAAAAAUUACGAAGUCUCCAAGUCAAUGCUUGUGCACUUUUCAGGCUUGCUAUCUUUAAGUUUUAGCAGCGGACUUGAUUUGUUAGCAAAGGGGUGUAUAUCGGUUAUUAUGGCGCUGAUGCAUCUCUUUGUUUCUGAAGAGGGAGAUUUAGUUGUUUUAGAGUCAUUGUGGGAUCUACCAUUGCUGUCUGGCUCAUCUGAACUUCCAUCUGAUAAGACUGGAGAGGGGGCUGGAUAUAAACAGGCUAUCUAUAAAGUUGCAGCAGAGUUUCAUAGAGUUCGAACACGAAAUUUAAGAACGGAUUCCAUCACCUCCUAUAACUUGGAGGAUAAAACAGAAGAAACCUGCAAUGGGGAAAUUUUCCUUAACUGCAUAUUAGAAGGCUCCAAAGAUUUACCUGAUUAUGCUGAACUUGCAGACUUCAUUGAGUGUGAGAAAGGGAAAAAUUAUUCCAAUUGGUUGACGGGGCGCCAAAAAAAUAGAAAAUGGAGAUACGAGAAAAUGAUAGAGUUAAGGAAGAUUAAGAAAGAAACAAUCUGGAAGUCUUUGAGGCAUCAGAAAAUUGAUAAGUCUUUGAAGCGUCAAAAAGUUGGUAAGAUUUUGAAGCGUUGCAGAUUUUCAUGAUCUGUGCCUAAUGUGGAUAUAAAUGUAAUGAAUUGCCAACUUUAUUUUUUGUGCUCCCCACUCGUGUUAAUAUAAUUGAUCUGAUUCAUGAUCUGUCCCCAAUGUAUCGACAGAAGUUAAUGAAUUACCAACUUUAUAU